UGCAGCUUUUCUUUCAACCGACUAUGCAGUUUCAUUUAUCAAAAUCCUAACCAAAUACUGUACUAGCACUGGCUUUAACAAAGCAAUCCUGGACCUGCAGCCAAACUUUCAAUUACACACUCACUCACUCUAAUGCUUCAUCCACUUCCCAAAGCCACAAGGCUAAUACCCCUUCAACUCCAACAACUCACACUCCCUCUCUUAAACCCACAAGCACAAGCACAAGCACAAACACAAAAACAAACACAAACACAAACAACAACUAUCACUCUCCCAAAUAACCCUCCUCUAAACCAACACAGCCGCAGCAGCAGCUUUGAACAAAAGUACAGGCAAAUCUGCAACCUCCUCCUCUCCUUAACACACUCCAAGUCCCUCCAAAAGGGCCUCCAACUCCAUGCCCACAUCAUCAAAUCAGGCCUUCAAACCAUCCCUCUCAUUUCCAAUCACCUCAUCAACUUCUAUUCCAAGUCCCAACUACCCCUUUUUUCCCGCCAAAUUUUCGACGAAGCCCCUCGCAAGUCCUCCACCAAUUGGAGCUCUGUUAUCUCCUCUUUUGCCCAGAAUGAGCUUCCUUUACUUGCCCUCCACUUCUUUCGUCAAAUGCUCCAAUCCGGGGCUCUUCCCGACGACCAUAUAUUCCCUAGUGCCACUAAGUCUUGUGCCAUUUUGUCUAUGUGUGAUGUUGGGCGGUCUAUACAUUGCCUUGCUGUGAAGACUGGGUAUGAAUUUGAUGUCUUUGUGGGGAGUUCUACGGUGGACAUGUAUGCCAAAUGUGGCAAGAUUAAGUCUGCACGGAAACUGUUUGAUGAAAUGCCUGAGAAGAAUGUGGUUUGUUGGAGUGGGAUGAUAUAUGGGUAUGCUCAAUUGGGUGAAGAUGAGGAGGCUUUGAAGUUAUUUAAGCAAGCCUUGUUUGAUGAUUUGGAUGUUAAUGAUUUUACAUUUUCAAGUGUUAUACGUGUUUGUGGCAAUUCAACUUUACUAGAAUUGGGGAAGCAAAUUCACGGGUUGUGCUUCAAGACGAGCUUUGAUUCGUCAAGCUUCGUGGGUAGUUCUUUGGUUUCGCUGUACUCAAAGUGUGGAGUCAUCGAGGGAGCUUAUCGGGUUUUUAAUGAUAUACCAGUCAGGAAUCUUGGUAUGUGGAAUGCAAUGCUGAUAGCUUGUGCCCAGCAUGCGCACACAGAUAGAGCUUUUGAGCUGUUUAAAGAGAUGGAAGGUGCUGGAAUGAAGCCAAAUUUCAUUACUUUUUUAUGUGUCCUUUAUGCUUGUAGCCACACGGGUUUAGUUGAAAAGGGGCGAUAUUACUUCGAGCGAAUGAAAGAGUAUGGGAUUGAGCCAGGUGAUCAACAUUACGCUUCCGUGGUGGACUUGCUUGGGCGUGCUGGUAAAUUGCAGGAUGCGAUUUCAAUCAUUAAGGAAAUGCCUAUGGAACCAACAGAAUCAGUGUGGGGAGCUUUAUUGACUGGGUGUAGAAUUCAUGGGGAUACUGAAUUGGCCGCCUUUGCUGCUGAUAAAGUCUAUGAGUUGGGUCCUGUGAGCCCAGGCAUUCACGUGUUACUGUCUAAUGCUUACGCUGCUGCUGGAAGAUGGGAUGAAGCAGCGAAAGCUCGGAAGAUGCUAAGGGACCGGGGGAUGAAGAAGGAAACAGGUUUGAGCUGGGUUGAGGAGGGAAAUAGAGUUCACACAUUUGCUUCUGGGGAUAGAUGUCACGCAAAAACAAAAGAAAUCUAUCAGAAGUUGGAAGAACUAGGGGAGGAAAUGGAGAGAGCUGGUUAUGUUGCAGACACAAGUUUUGUACUUAGAGAAGUUGAUGGUGAAGAGAAAAAUCAGACAAUUAGAUAUCACAGUGAAAGACUAGCCAUUGCAUUUGGGCUCAUUACCUUUCCACCUGAGAGACCAAUCAGGGUUAUGAAAAACUUGCGUGUUUGUGGUGAUUGUCACACUGCAAUCAAGUUUAUGUCCAAGUGCUCUAGAAGGGUAAUCAUUGUGAGGGAUAAUAAGCGGUUCCAUCGAUUUGAGGGUGGGAAAUGCUCAUGUGGAGACUAUUGGUGAUUAUUUCUGUGUAAAAUUUCACAGGCAAAUGAUUAAAGGAAAAGAAGAAUGCUUCAUUGCAUUUCCAAUUAUUCCAUACACUGAAAUGCUUUCUCUGACAGCAUUGAGGCUGAUCCAAGUUCAUAUUGAGGGGUAGGUUAAGAAAAAAAUUGGAUUUUUUCAUAUCCGUUUAUCCUUUGGGUAUAUUAAUUUGAAUGUUAACAGGUACGAAUCCAAAAAAAAAGAAAAAAAGAAAGGAGAAUAUCACUUAUAAACAAUCUGUACAAUGUGUAAUAGGUGACUUCUCCUCCUGCUGCUUUUUUCUACAUGUCAAGUAUUCUCUCUCUCUGUGUCAUUUUGGUGUCUUUGCUAUACAGUCUGUAAUUUGUUUCCUAAGCCUUAACUGGCUUACCCAAUCUCAUAUCUAGAUUAUAUUUUGUAUGUCCACAUUGUUACUUCCGAGUAAUCAUGCUACUAAUUAAUUGAUCAUGUGAAAUGUGUUGAACUUGGAAUAUGUACGAUUUUUUCCUUUCCUGUUUUACUAAAUGUUUUUCAGACUUCCAAAAAAAAAAAUGUGCAAGUAUUUUCUAAGCUUUCUUAAAUUAGUUCACAUUUUCAUUGUGGUGAAAACUUUGUUUAAAGUCCACAAUACUCGGCACAAAUUUUCUAUUUGAAUUUAAUUCUAUAAUUUUGAUGACUAUCUGCUUACAUUAAAGUUGUUUCCUUCUGAUGGGGAUAACUAUGAACUUUCAUGAAAGCAUGGAAGAUAUAAAGUAAAUCUGUUGAUUUAUUAUGAUAUAAGCAAGAUUAGGGACCCCCACCAGUUUUUGGAAGUAUCAUCUAUUGGACUGGUUCUUAAAAUUGUGUUCUUGUAGAAUAUAUUGCCUUACUCCUCUGUCUAGACAAGGUUUUUAGAUUUAUAUUCAUUUGUUCAACUCAUUAUUAAAUGUUAAUUGUUAUUAGAUUCUAUCACUGACUCAUUUUAUCCUUAUAUGUGCAUUGUAUUGUUAAUUAUUAUGCAACAGUUAGUAGAUAUGCUUUAUACAUGCUGUGAGCCUGUGACAAGUUCCUUAACUAUAAGUUUGAUCACUGGAUCAUUGGGCUAUUGCAAGUUGCAGCACUAUGUUACUAUUUGGUUUGUCUUUAUAAUUAGGCUGUUCUUCAAUUAGGUCCUGUGGAGCUUACUAUUGUAGGAGUUUCUAUUGCUGUUUUCAAUCAAGUAUCAAAGAUAGCAAUAUUCCUACUAGUCAGUGACUCAGCGUUACAGCUUCUUUUGUGAUUAAGCAGAUUCUACUGAAAGUUUGAGUACUGAAGCAGAUGACAAUGGAGUACUCAAGAAUGGUUAUGCUAUCAAUCAGGAGAUGGAACUGGAAUAUCUGAUGCCACAAGUUGGUGCGAAUUUUACCUUCUUGCCCCUCUCGUUUUUGUUGAGGAAAACAAAUGACAGAAGGUAAAUUCCAUCAGCUUCAGCAGCGUUGGUCAUUGGCAGCAUGCUCACAAGCUUUGUCCUCAUUUUUGCUGCUAAACCAAUAUUGAACUACGUGGGUGUAGAGACUGUUUCAACUAUCUAUCUCGGAAAUUACUUAUGAGCACUGCGAAUGCUGCAUCCAAAGAACUUAUAGAGGAGCUUCAAUAAAAUUAAGAGAAUAUCUCCUCCUCACAGAGUAAAAAAGUGUAAUAGGUUCAUCAGAUUGAUACUUUUGUCUUGACUAAGAAGUAUUGUUCACUAAUUAUUUGUCGUACCUUGCUUGGCAGUUAAUUUAAUAAUUGACAGUUGAUUGAAUAAAAACUAUUAUACACCUUUUUAUUAUUGGUACUUAUACAUGCACUUGGUGGGUCUUGCACACAACAUUGUCCUCCAACUUACUCUUACAAAGGGAGGAGGUGCCAUUAAGCUAGAUCUCAUUGACAACAAUUAGGGACCAUAUUUACACCAUAUAUUUGGAGAUAAGUUGAUAUUAUUCCUGAAGCUUGCCAAAUGCAUGACAUCAUCCUAUCUCCCCAAAUUGAUGGUGAAAAAGCACAAUUCUGCCCCUGCAAAAUUCUCCUAUGCUAGCCCAACAAUACUUGACAUUGAGAUCUCUUGGUAUCAGUUAAACAAACGAUUUGAGGAUUUUUAAUCAAGCUUUAUCAACUACUGGGGAAGUGGUUAUGGACAGAUGCAACACAUCUAUGGAGACAGGUGAUUGAUACGAAAUAUGGGGAAGAAUGUGGUGGCUGAACUUCAAGCUCACUCAGAGCACCUCAUUGGUGUAGCUUGUGGAGGAGUAUUUGCGCAGGAUGGGAUACUUUUCAGUAAAAUUUAUUUUUUAAGGUGGGAGACAGCACUUGUUUAAGGUUCUUCCAUGAUGUUUGGUGUAGAAAUCAUUCUCUAAAAGAGUUGUACCCUAGCUUGUAUGCUUGCUUGCUUGAUCAGAAUGCAUCAAUCCAUUCAAUCAUGGAGAUUCCGGUAGGUGGGAAGGCCAAAUAUGGAAUUUACAGAUGUUUUCAUGAUUGAGAGUUGGAGUCGGUUCUUUCUUAGACCUUCUAUUCUCCCAUAUCCCUAGGAGGGAGGGUGUGACAAGAUGUAAUGGAUAUUGAAAGAGAGCAGAGCAUCUACUCUUCACCCUUGUUAUGAGGCUCUCCAUGGUGCACCGAAUAAGUCUUUCCCAUGGAAGUGUUUUGUGCGUUAAUGCUCCCAAGAGGGUCUCUUUUUAUGUUUGGACUGCAGCCUAGGAUAAAAUUCUUAGAUUUGAUAACCUUUAGAGGCUUAGAGCAUUCACAUCAACUAAUGCAAAAAAUAUUGUCUAUUUUAGAAUAAGAAUUUACUUUUUCUAGUUUAGCUAACCAUUUUUCAAGACACUCACUUUUGAUUAUCUAUUUUAUACUCUAUUUCAUUAAAGUAUCAGUUUUUCUUGAUUUUUUUUAAUUAUUUCUCUUUCUUCACACCCAACAAUUAGCAUCCACUCUCUUCCUUUACCCUCGAGAAAUAAUAAAAAAUCAUUUUGCAUAAACUAUUGUGACUCGUAUAUUUUCACAAUCACUAUAGCGAAAUUCCAUUUUGUAUAACCAGUUCAUAGAUGAUAUAGGUGAUUUUUGGGUUUCAUUUUCUAUAUUUUGGGUUUUAAGCUAUUUUACAUGAGUUGGUACAAAUGCUCUUAUCAAGCUUGGAUUUACCUUAGUUGGGUGGUGUUGUAUGUGCCAGUGCAGUAGAUAAACAGUGGCUCAUUUGUUGAUUCAACGUGGUGUUGUCUAUGAUUUAUGAAGUUAGUGUAUAGAACUUUUGGAAUUCCUUGGGUGUUACCAAUGAGGGUGGUUGAUCUUUUUUUUGGAUGGAAGAAUUGGUUUGAGAGACACUCUUCGGCAAUCUAGAACAUCAUUCUGCUAUGUUGGAUGAGGCUAUCAUGGAAGGAGAGAAUAGCCAUACAUUUGAGAUUACAAACAAAUCAAAGAAUCAAUUGGAAGUACUGUUGAUUCACACUUUAUUUGAUUGGUCCCGAGUAUGGGGUCUUACAAAUUGUAAUAAGCUUGUGGAUUUCUCAAAAUCACUUCUUUGUGUACAAUUUUUUGUAAUUCUUUUACGUUAUAGAGUGCUGACGUAAUUUAUUUAAUUAAUAAUUUUUUCUUUCUUAA